CAACAUAAAAGGUGCUACAACCAGUUUAAAAUAGCUUACCGUGAAGGUAUCUCUGAAAACGAGCACUCCCUUUCCCUGUUUUACGUGUGGCCAUUGUACAUAGCAUUCAGCAUUUAAAGCAGGAUAUCCAAAUGCCUCAAACUUGGCACUUUUCUUUUCCCUAGCAACAGAAGAGAUCUCUGAAGCAAACCUUUCAACAGAUACAAGAGGAGGAAGAUGACAACUACCCAGGAAGCUACUCCCCCCAGGACCCUUCUGCGGGGCCCCUCUUGUUGGUGUUGAAACUGACCAUCUGACCUAACAAAAAUGAAUCGAAACCCCAGUUCCGGCUCGGAUGUUGAAAAAGCCUUAACCGAGCAGUAUAAGAUCAUGAAGACCCUGGGCUACGGAAGCUUCGGGGAAGUAAAGCUUGCCAAACAUCUCAGCACACGGACCAAAGUGGCCAUAAAAAUUCUUCAAAAGAGCAGGAGGAAUGUCCACAGUAAAUCAGAAAUAGAAAUUAUGAAAGACCUUGAUCACUGUUAUAUUAUUAAAUUGCUGCAAGUGAUCGAAACCGCAGAUAACACCUAUGUGGUUCUUGAGUAUGCGGCAGGUGGAAACCUGCUGCUCAAGAUUAAGCAGGCAGGCUAUCUAAAAGAGAAGGUCUCUCGUAGGGUAUUUAAACAGCUAGUAUGUGCCGUACACUAUUGCCACUGGAAAGGGAUUGCCCAUCGGGACAUAAAGCCACUAAACAUACUACUGGACAAACAUGACAAUGUUAAACUGAGUGAUUUUGGGUUAGGUAUCAAACUUAACCAUGGGCAGAAGCUGACAUCUUUCUGUGGCACAGUCCCCUACUGCGCCCCAGAACUCUUUGAGGGCAAUGGGUACGACGGUCGUGCAACCGAUACCUGGAGCUUGGGUGUUGUACUCUAUUUUAUGUCGACGGGGCACCUCCCUUUCCAAGAUUAUACAUACGAAGGAAUAAAGAGGAGAGUCCUGGCAGGCAAGUACCCCAUGAAAUUCAAGCUGUCGCCAGACCUUUGGGAAGUGAUCGCUAAAUUGCUAACUGUAGACCCCAGAAAACGGCCAAGAAUAGGCGAUAUUGUGAACCUUUCUUGGCUAGAGAACAGUCAUAGAAGUUUUCUCUGCAUGAAGAUGGGGAGCAGCAGCAUCUGCGGGGAGAUGGGGAGCAGCAGCAUCUGGGGGGAGAUGGGGAGCAGCAGCAUCUGCGCGGAGAUGGGGAGCAGCAGCAUCUGUGGGGAGAUGGGGAGCAGCAGCAUCUGUGGGGAGAUGGGGAGGAGCAGCAUCUGCAGGGAGAUGGGGAUCAGCAGCAUCUAUGCAGAGAUGGGGAGCAGCAGCAUCUGCGGGGAGAUGGGGAUCAGCAGCAUCUGUGCAGAGAUGGGGAGCAGCAGCAUCUGCGCAGAGAUGGGGAGCAGCAGCAUCUGCGGGGAGAUGGGGAUCAGCAGCAUCUGUGCAGAGAUGGGGAGCAGCAGCAUCUGCGCAGAGAUGGGGAGCAGCAGCAUCUGCAGGGAGAUGGGGAUCAGCAGCAUCUGUGCAGAGAUGGGGAGCAGCAGCAUCUGCGCGGAGAUGGGGAGCACCACCUCUGAGUUUACAUCAUGCUGCGACCUUUCCUCAGAGUGUACACCAUCAGCCAUCUCAAAGCAGUCAUCCCAGGAGGCAGCCACAGCUGGCCCUGACAACCCAAAGAACAGCAUGUCUCCACAGGAUAUGUCACCUCAGUUCUCCUCAAAGGAAUCCUUCUGUGUGUACACCAGCACGGGUGACAAAGACAGCAACUUAUCAUACACCGAAAUACCUCAGGAGCACAUUGAUGGGCAACCCCCAGAAGUUACCACAGUUGUCACUCCCACCUGUAAGAGCAGCACCUCCUCACAGCACACAGCACAUCACUUCACCAGGGAAGGAGCCCUGUGUGAGAACAUCACCACUCAUAACAGAGACAACAGCUCAUCCCCAACAGAAACACCUCAGGACCAUGGUAGCUGGCUGCCCCAGGAUGUGACCAGAGCUGUCACUCCCAACACAAAGAACAGCACAUUCUCCAAGAUAGAUCACUUCUCAUCUCCAGAGAGGAAGCUGAAACAAAGAACAGCACCAGUCCAUACAAAGACAGCAGUUCAUUGGCCCCACUAAGCUCACCUGCCCCACAAAGCUCACCUGCCCCACAAAGCUCAGCUGCCCCACAAAGCUCACCUGCCCCACAAAGCUCACCUGCCCCACAA